AUGGUACUUUGGCAUAAGAAUAGACACGUAUUUGAGAGUGAUUUUGCCACGGUAUCACUUGCAUUUUUCAAUAGGUAUCCAAACCCGUAUUCUAAUCAUGUUCUGUCAAUAGAUACAUUGUCAAGGGAUCUUGGCGAUGAUGGGAAAUUACGCACCACAAGGUUAAUCAAGAAAUCCGGUAAGUUACCACGAUGGGUCAAACCAUUUCUGUCAGCAGUUUCAGAUUCUUGGAUAAUUGAAAUUUCAAUAGUUGAUCCGGAGACGAUGCAUAUGCAAACGUAUACAAAAAAUUUAGAUCAUACAAAGAUCAUUCAAGUUGAAGAGUAUACCACAUAUAUGGCAGAUAAACAAUUAGGUAAUACUAUAGUUAAAAGUGACGUUAAAUUUUCGAGCGGGUUUCAAAUGGGGGUUAAAAAUAAAAUUGAACAUUGGUCCAGGUCAAAGUUCGACGAAAAUAUAAAGAUGAGCAGAUUAGGAAUGACGUUUGUUAUGAAACAAUUGGAGGAACGUGGAGAAAAGGGUAGGUUAUUUAUUUGA